UCGAUCGCGAACUUUUUUUUAAUCGUCCGUAGCAGCAACAUAUAAUUAAUUCGCAGGUCUUUUUCUCUGACCAAGCUGAAAGAAACGCACAUUUUUCGGCAAAAGAUGAUAACGGGUUCGCCGAGGCGGAGAAAAUAACGUUUUAGUGAUUUUUGUUCCGGCUAUGGGUUGGGAAGUGAAGUGAAUCUGAAACGGGUACCCAAACUUGUAGGUAUUGAAACAUACGGGAAAAAUACUAUUGAUUCGGUUAAUUUAAUUAGGAAAAUUAUGUAAGAAAAAAAAAACAAUCGUAAGGAUCAACUCUAUUGUAUAACAAAGAAAGUUUCUAGUAAAAUACAGACGGCGAAAAUGUUGCCACGGAUUUGUAUCAAAUUUAAGUUGAAAUACUUCAUUUCGGUGAUACUAGCGGUUCUUCUGUUGGAUUACUUGGGAGCGUUCACACAUGUCUUCGAGGAGGAUUUCGACCAGACCUUCCACUAUCCGAUGGAAGGGGACAUUUUAUCACAAGUCUACCAGCUGCGGCAUGGACAGCGCCCAUCAGUGGAUCCGAUAAACUCGUAUAACUACUCCUAUAUCACAGAUUGUAGCCAUAAAUGCAAAGAGGAUGAUCGACUGAUAGCUCCAAGGUUGGUUUUAAUCGUCAAAUCAGCGAUGAAAAAUUUCGAUCGUAGAGUAGCCAUCCGCAAGAGUUGGGGUUGGGAGAAACGAUUUUCGGAUGUGAAAAUUCGUACGGUGUUUAUGUUAGGGAGACCGGCUGUUCCCGAUCGGAGACUGCAAUCGUUGAUCGAUUUAGAGUACGCCAACUAUAGAGACAUCGUGCAGGGCGAUUUUGUGGACGCGUACUUCAACAAUACCAUAAAAACGAUGAUGGGUUUCCGGUGGGCCGUAACCCAAUGUCCCCGUGCCAAGUUUUAUAUGUUCGCUGAUGACGAUUUUUAUGUGUCGUCAAAGAAUUUGCUCAAAUACGUUCGUAAUCCGGUUAACUAUCCGGAAUAUCUAGAGGAAACGGACGAGGCACUUCGAAAAUUGGCUCGCCGUCUCAGCCAAACAACCACCAAUAAUAACAGCAGCGAUAGUAAUAGCCUAGAAUCGAAUGGAACCAGGCCACUGGUGCCGCCUAAAAAGCUCGAAAGAAAAAAGCGUCAAAUCUUGAACAUGGACAUGGAAUUACCGAGUGACGUCAAACUAUUUUCUGGGUUUGUGUUUCGAUCAGCGCCGCAUCGUCACAGGUGCAGCAAAUGGUACGUUUCGCUAAAAGAAUAUCCGUGGCACAUGUGGCCAACGUACGUGACGGCCGGUGCAUUCCUGCUGUCACACGAAGCCCUUUUCGAAAUGUACUACGUUAGCAUGUACACUAAACAUUUCCGCUUUGACGACAUCUAUCUGGGCAUCGUGGCCCUGAAAGCCGGCAUCGAACCUCUCCACUCCGAGGAAUUUUACUUCCACAAGGCACCCUUCCUGGGGCCGCAAAGCUACAAGUAUGUGCUGGCAACCCACGGCUACGACGAUCCUGAAGAGCUAGUCAAAAUUUGGAACGAAGUCCGCGCUGCGGGCUACGCGUAAUCAAGGAAUUGAGUCACCCAAUCCAUGCUAUACAUUUCAAAAUGUAGUUCUCCCUCAGGGAGAGAAUUUCAUAUUUUCAAAAAAUAUGUAACCACCCAUCUAAUAUCCGUGUAGUCCAAAGACCGAUAAACAGUAGUAGAAAUUUCGCAAAGUAGCCACUACAAGUGAACAGUUUUUAGAAGUCCUAACAUUUUUGAUAACCCAACUCUUAAAAGUAGGAUAGAUAGUGUGUGUGAUGAAUUUCCAUCGGUGAUCAUUGCAAUUACAGAAAAGACAUUUUUGCGGGAAACUGUGAAUCCUUAUAGCAUUUCAACAAAACAGCAGCUCUCAACUUUGAAAGUCAGUUUUCAGACUUUUCUUAGACUGAUGUGAUAACCAAACAAGUAGAUUGAACAGUUAGUUUUUCAGGUACUGCGCUAUCAUAGGUUUUAGGGUCAUUUUAUUUGUGACAUAUGUCUUAUCAGCAGAAGGAAAUCGAAACGAGUACAUCGCAUAUUAUACUAAUUAUUCAUUUAGAAAAACAAAAUCUAGUCUUAAGAUAUGCCUAGUUGUAAGUGUUUCAUCUUAUCUUAUAUUAGGUCAUAAAUAUAUUUAGACAAACAAAUAUUAAUCUCGCAUAACUA